AUGGCUAUCAAGAAGAUUGCUCCUAAGGUCGCCAAGAAGGGUCUCCGCAAGAAGAAGGUGCACCUCAAGUUCAACGUCGAAUGCAAAAACCCCGUCGAAGAUGGCAUUCUGAAAAUCGAAGACUUUGUACGAUUUAUUAAAUCAAAAAAAGUCGAUAGGGCUUCCGUCCCUAUCGCACCAGCUGGCAUAGGGUAAAAUGGUCCCUAAUAAGUCCCGCUGAUUUCAGGAAACUUUCCUCAAUGAGAAGAUCAAGAUCAAUGGCAAAACUGGUCAUUUGGCAGCCAGCAACGUCAAAGUGGAGGUCAACAAGUCAAAAAUUUCCGUCAUCGCCGAGAUUCCCUUUUCCAAGAGGUUUUUGUUAACAUUAUUUUUUUAAAAGAAUUUUUUUAAAGUUUCAAAUUAUAGUUAUCAUGUUAUAUUUUAUUUAUGCUGCGUUUAUAGCUAAUUUGACGCGCGUAGCAAUACAGUUUUUCUGGUUCAAAAGCACGAGACGAAUUUCAAAAAUGAAUUUAUAUUGGAAAUUUGCCAAAUAGGCGGAGCCAGCCAAUCACGUCGUGGGAACCUGCUGCGUUUCGGCUCUUGCUUUUAAACCAGAAAAACUGUUUUGCUGCGCGCGUCAAAUUAGCUAUGAACGCGGCAUUAAAGUAGUUUAUUAUGCUUAAUGCCAGGUUUUCUUUGACUCCAAAAUUCACUAUCUGACGGCAAUUGGAGCAGUUUUCAUUCGUGGUUUUUUUUUUAUCAGAAGAUGAAAAACAUGCAAUAUUUAAAGCAUCUCCGCGAAAUUAAUGCCGCGUUCAGAGCUGGUAAUUCACGCGCAGUGAAAGUUUUCUAGUCCAUAGGCUCGAGCCAAAAUGCAACUGAUUUUCACAGCUAUAUUGGAUGGUUCCGCCUUUUGCUUCCAAUAUAAUUUUUUUUUUUUUCAUAAACUGAUAACUAAAUUCCGCUUACUUUGAAAUUACUCCGAAAAAUGUAUAACAGAAAAUUAGCGCGAGUUCCAGAAAUUUUUUGGUUCUCCAUCUUUCCGAUAGAUUGAAUGAAUUUAAGGCAUCAUAGGAUUGAAUUUUCUCAAGUUUGAUCGAACAUUCCGUUAUUUGAUAAAUUUUUUUCAGAUACCUCAAGUAUCUUACUAAGAAGUACUUGAAAAGAAACUCUCUCCGUGAUUGGCUUCGCGUCGUCGCCAUCAACAGAAACACCUAUGAGCUCCGAUACUUCCACAUCAAUGACGAGGAAGAUGCUGGUAGCGACAAUGAAUAAUUUUUUUGUUAAACUUUGUUGAAGAUAAAUUGUUUUAAAAAUCAGUUCAGUUAUUGUUUUCAAAAGAGUUGGGAAGUUGUCAGAUUCAAAACUCGGAAAUUAUAAGCCAAAUAUGAGCCGACCUUGACUCCAAUGCCUGAUAUUCGAGACAGUUGAUAGGUGAUAAGAUAUCAUUGCGGUGUGAUGGUCCCCACAUUCACUUUUACUAUUCGCCUGUUUUUAUUCGUCCUUCAAUUAAGUAAUGCGUUGAAUAUUUGCGAAAAUUCUGAAGUUCCUGCGAAUAGGGUAAAUUUUCGGGUAAUUGGUGGAGCUGUUGUUUCCAAAAGGUUUCCUUUUUACGAUACAACAAUCAUAGAACUUGGUUAAGCGAGUUUCCGUGGCAAGCGGUAUUCGUUUCGUUCAAUGAAUCCGGCCAUGGAAUUCUUUGCGGAGCGACUGUCAUCGAUGAAUUUUGGCUGAUGACGGCGGCGCAUUGCGUCUCGUAUGCACUACCUCCUUUAAUAAAAAAAAUGUACAAAGCUUCAGCGAAAUGUCGACCAAGUCUUACGUGCUCACCGGCAUUCAGAAACUGUCGCAGCCAGCUCACACUCUGAAAGUGAAACGAGCAGUGAUUCACCCGGGUUACAGCGUCUUCAGCGCUCACAGCGACAUUGCACUUGUACAGGUUUCUGUUGCGAGUUGUGGUGAAUGAACCAUCUGAAUUUUAAAAGCGUUAAACUUCCGAUAAGAUUACAUUUGACGGCAAAAUCGACCGAAGAAACAGAUAAAAUGUUAAGACCUAUCGGAAUUUGCUUCGAGGAGGAGUUGCCCCCGUGUGCCUUUUAAGAGACGAUACAGAACUUCUGAACAAAAAUCCUAAUGGAUUGGUCAUCGGCUUCGGAACCCAGUUAGGUUUGUCAACUCGUCAAAAAACCGUUUAUUCAUCCAGACAUCUGUUAGCCAUAGUAUGUUGUAUCUUUAAUUGUGACAUUUUGAUAUUUCCUUCCUUUAAAAAACAAGUUUCCUUUGCAGAAAAUCUUUUCCCGCCUAAUCAACAGAUGGCACCGAGCGAAAUUCUCCUGAAAACGGAAGUUCCAAUUAUACCAAUCGGAGAUUGCUUGUUCGUUUUCCAUUUUCAUCGUUUAAAAAAAAAGACAAAGAUCUAAAAGAAAGCAUCUGACUUUUCUUCAAAGCGGAGGCAGAUCAGAAAAAAAAAACAAAAACGUAAUACAACAAAAAAAAAAUUCUGAAGUGAUAAUAAGGAAAACAAUAAUAUUAGGUCGUAAUACAAAGUGAAAGGUGCACCGUUUCCAGAAUCGAGUGGCGGCGCCUGUCUCUCGGCUCGAUUCGCAUUGAGACGGACCAAAUCUGCGCCGGAGCUUUGCUGCAUGGAACGACGCCGGUUUUUCAGAAUUCAAGAGGUUUAACGAGCGAAUUUAUAUAGGGCGACAGUGGGGGACCUCUUCUGGUGCGCGACGACGUCGGCCGCUGGGUCCAGGUCGGCAUUACUUCUUUCGGAGCCGACGGCCUGGAGGCACUCUUUGACCAAAAGACCUACCCAGGUUUUUUUUUCAACUAGAUUAUGUAGCUUAAAACAUUAACUUUGAGACGUGUUAUUCCUUCUUAUUACUAGGCGAAAUAUUUGAGUGAAAAAUUUUUUUACAUACUAUAACAAUUGCGAAAGUUUUUAUGAUAAAUUUCUACGAAUGAAAUACUGAAAUUUUUUCGUUAUUUUAUCGUCGGAAUUUUUUAAAAUCAACUCGCUUAAGACAACGAAAAAUAUCGUAUUUAAAAAUUUACAAAGUUCUAUUGCCCUUCUCAAAAUUUGUUUUCUGUAUCGAUUGCGAAAUUAACUAUCGUGAAUAAUGCGAGAUUCUGACUUCAAUAAACCACUCAAGUCUGAGAAUCUGAAAAAAAAAUUGAAAGAAAUUUUCUAGGUGUCUACACGCGAGUUUCACCCUAUAUUCCAUGGAUAGAAAAAAUGAUCUCUGGAACGUCACGGUCCUGUUUCGUGAACAUUUUAUUUGUCAUGCUUUUCUUUUUCAACUGGCCAUCGGACUAG